AUGUUUUUUUGUUUUCCUUCUUCACUUUAUGUCACUCUUGCAAUGUUAAAUUGGUCUGUUCAUAUCUAUCUAUCUAUCUAUCUCAAUCUCUUCAUAUCUAUCUAUCUAUCUAUCUACCUAUCUAUUUAUCUAUCUCAGUCUGUUCAUAUCUAUCUAUCUAUCUAUCUAUCUAUCUAUCUAUCUAUCUAUCUAUCUAUCUAUCUAAGUCGGUUCAUAUCUAUCUAUCUAUCUAACUAUCUCAGUUUGUUCAUAUCUAUCUAUCUAUCUAUCUAUCUAUCUAUCUAUCUAUAUAUAUAUAUAUAUAUAUAUGUUGAGCGCUUAUUAGGUAAGUCUGUUCAUAUCUACCUAUCUAUCUAUUUUAUUCUGUUCAUAUCUAUCUAUCUAUCUAUCUAUCUGUCUCAUUCUGUUUGUAUCUAUCUAUCUAUCUUUCUCAGUCUGUUCAUAUCUAUCUAUCUAUCUAUCUAUCUAUCUAUCUAUCUAAGUCGGUUCAUAUCUAUCUAUCUAUCUAACUAUCUCAGUAAAGUCUGUUCAUAUCUACCUAUCUAUCUAGUUUAUUCUGUUCAUAUCUAUCUAUCUAUCUAUCUAUCUAUCUAUCUAUCUAUCAUAGAUUUGAUUAGGGUUGAUCACGCUCUUUCUAAAAAAAUACAACUUAUCUAUCUCAGUAUGUUCAUAUCUAUCUAUCUAUCUAUCUAUCUAUCUCGCUAG